AACUUGUUGUGUAUUUAUAUACCUAUGUGUGUUAUUAUGCUAUAUUGCGUUGGUAUAAAUCAGAGGAGAAGAGUUUGGGAGAGAUUGAUCGGAGUUAUGGCAGUGUGUUGGGGGCGACGGCGGGGGCUUGUCGUCGGUGGGUUGCGGAGGUGAACAGAGUAGAAAGGAUGAGUGCUGUGAGUAGAAAGGUCAGUGGAGAGGCAGAAUUUAGGCCGAUGUUGAGUUGCUCAGUCUCUGCAGUCACGGUGAGGGGAGGCUCAGGCGCUACUGGAUAGAGUAGUGAUGGUGUAGCUGCGAGGAAAUAAGGAGAUGGGGCAGUUCGUGCUUGUGGUGUUGUAGCGAGGUGAUCGGACUUCUUGCCGGCUGUGCGAGUGAGAGUGAGAGUGAGAGAGAGAGAGAGAGAGAGAUGGCUGAGUAGGUGUAUUUUUUGUGUAUAUAUAUGUGUUUAUACCACUGUUGGCUGUGAUUGUGUUAACUGAUUUUGUUAGUUUCGAGUCUUGCGUAUGUCGGGUCUUGUUUGAUUUUGAUUGAUUAGUUUCUGCUUUGUUGCCCUUGUUUCAAGCACGGUUUAGGAUAAUUCAAAAGCAUAUCAAGUGAUGAUUUCUGCUAUGAAAAUGUUUAACUUAGAGUCUAGUUUAAGUACGAAAAAGAAUUUCAAAGUUUCGUUAAACGAGCUAAAGGAUAUGUAUGUUUUAGUGUGAGUUGAGCAGAAAAUUCUGGGCAGGUGUGUCCUAUUCUAGGCCCUGUUUUGCUACUUAAAACUUGAGCUUUGCUUCUGAAAUUUUUACUGGAGUUAGAUGUUAGUAUCUGGAAUAUGUCAUUAAAAUUUUAUACAGACAGACCAAAUUUUCUAUUUAUUAAAAUUCAUAGCGUGGGGCUGAUUCUGCAGGACAGAUUCAGGUUCCUGACUUGCAGGUCCUGUUUUACUCCCUUAAACAUGGAAUUUGGUUCUGAAAUUUUUAUGGUAGAUUGGAAUAAUGUUUAGGAGUGUCUCAUAAAAAUUUCGUAUUAAAAUGAUAAAUUCUCAAUUUAUUAAAAAUCUUAGAGUGAGGGCUGUUUGAACUAUUUGCUCUAGUCUUCUUUCUCUGUUAGUGCAUUGUAUGGGGUUAUACUUGGAUAAUUGUAUAUGAUCGAUUAUUAAAUGGAUUGGCUCGGUUAACCUUGUAUAUCUAAUUAAACGUGUUUUGCGUAUAACAAAUUAGCAAUCUUGCUAAAAGAUUUCAUUAUAUGCUUAAUGCAAGUCAAGGCAGAUUUUCUUAUGUGUUUACUGCAAGUCAAGGCAGAUUUUCAUAGUAAUAAUUCAUGUGUUAGCAAUAGUAUUGACUGGUUGUUGGUAUUGCAAACAGGUGGAUAAGACUAUAAACAGAGGAGAUUCUGCCGAAUUUUCGUUAGAAAUUAUAUGUAUUUUAGUAGCUAUAAAAAGGGUUAUUUGUGCAAUUAUGUGCUAUGUGUUUAUCUGACUAUGUGGUAUGUGUAAGCGAAGGAUAGCUAUAUAUAGUUCCUAACGCUUUCAGAAUUAGUUAAUCCGUCUGAUCCGACGACUGAAAUACUAUUUUACUAUCGUAUAGAACUGAACGAGACGUUGAUCGAGACGUGAUUGAAAUGGGUAUUCAGAAAUAGCCAAGUGGUGUUGCAAGUUGAAUUAAGGCGAAACUUAGUUAUAAAUCAAAUCUUAUCAGAAGUUGGCAGAAGGGGAUGAUAUGGUGGUAUAUAGUGUCAUUAGAAGUCUGAGCUAGAUACCGGAGUUAAGCUAAGGAUUAAGGUGGUCACCUGGGUAAGCUGCGCGUAAGAGUAAUGCUAGGCGAGACUGCUAGGGAGGUGGCUGCGAGACUAGUUAUGGUUAGAGUUGAAUUAUUUCAAUUCAGUUGUAGAUGGUUUUUAUUUAUUGGUUAUCAGUUAUCCUUCUUACCGAAGUUUAGCUGAUAACGUAGUUUAAGUUGUAAAAAGAUUUUAUAGUUUGGGUUCUGGUUUCAAUGCUGUAACCUAUUUGCGAUCCUGUUGUUAGGGGGUCAAAGUGAUUUUGAUUUAAAUCUCUUUUAAAAAUCCAGAUUUUGAAAUAUAUGUUUUACCUUCUUCCGGAAAUACAGGUUUAAAUUGAUUUUGUCCACGUGGCACCAGAUCCAGACCCCCGGAUCUGAGGGAUGUCACAAAAACCCUUCAAACACCAUCAAAAUCACUGCACCUCCACCAAGACUUGCCAACCUUACUCACUCUAAAAAGCUCCUUGAAAUGAACAAAAACAUCCAACCUGGAACCAUUGUUGAAGUGAAAGGAGAAGUGGAAAAGCUUGUGCUUGAUGCUGAGUGGAGGAACAUGAUUUAUGGGGUAGAAGAUAGGUAUUUUCUGCACUUAAUGGGUGAAUAUUACUGUAAUAUGAAACCAAUUAGGGGUCUAGAUUGUAUCAUGCAUUUGACAACCAUUAUGGGAGGAAAACCAAUCUUGGUAGAUCACAAAACACUCAACAAAGCACUGCAUUUGCCUCAUAGAUUUAUUUCUCUGCCUUGUGUUGACAUAUAUUCUCAUUUUGUGUUCUGCAAAGAAGAGUUUCAGCUGUAUGUGGGGUUCUUUACUGAUUCUGAUGUGCCCUUUGGGAUCUGUGACUCUAACUGUGGUAUUCAUUACAAGCAUUUCACUCCUAUGUACCAACUGAUUGCCUUAAUUCUGAGAUCUAAUGUGUUAACUAAGCCUAAUCAGGAUAAGCAUUUUGACUUCUUUGACUUGAAGUUCAUGUUUCUAUUUGUGACAAACAGGAUUGACUUUAGCAUUUCUUAUGUUAUACUCCUUAACAUGAUAAAUGCUCACCUAGUUGAUUACAUGCCAUAUGGUCAGAUGCUUACUUCUGUGUUUGGUUUAUUUCACUUGCCACUGCCUACUUCACUUGAGACUAAGAACAACUCUUACAUUUCUGUCACACAUGUUAGGACUCAGAUUCCUUUAGAUAAGUGUGAAACUCAAGUAGCUACUCACUCUAAGUUUAUUGCUAGUCUACAAGAAGAGGAUGUGUUUUUAGCAGAUAAUGGCUCAUUUAUGAAAAUGUUUGAAGAACAGAAACUAGAAAUGAAAAGGAUUAAGGAUGAAAACAUUGCUAUCAUAAAUAGGGUGACCUAUCUAGAGGGAAUAGCUGCAACUUUAGGAGGGGCUAGGCAGAUGGACAUUGAUAUAGGAAACUUAUAUCAGGUUCAGAUGAGUGGAGAAGGAACUUUUAUUGAUGAUAUUGAUAUGUUUCAUGAGAUUGAGGCUGUUGGGGUUGGUAUUGGGGGUCAAAGUUCAAAAGGUUUUACUGAUUUGGGUACUGGUAGUUUCAUGGCUGCAAUGGAGGAAGCUUUACAGUGACUUGAUGCUGUUGCUGUGGAUGCUUAACUGGUGACUGUUCCUUUGUUCCUUGAAUUGUUUAAAUUCUUGGAAAUGUAUGUUUUAUUAUCCUGCUUAGCUACCUGUUGGAUGACUGUAAUGACUUUAGUACUUGUUUUGCUGUUGAAUUUUGAAGUGCUUGCACUUCCUGGCUUGUAUUAACACAGGUGUAGGAACCCAGUUCAUGUCAAUCAGUUAACAAAACUGAUUGUGUUGAACUCUUUUGGAUUUGUAAUAUAUUAUCCUUCAUCUGUUAUCUAACCUUGUGUUCUCUAUAGUCAUUUGAUAUCUCAGACACACACACAUAGAUUUGUAGCUAGUGCUUGCUUAACAGGAGACUCAAGAAAUUGUAAGCCUUGUCAAAUGGGAAGUCUGGUGGACAAACAUUGGACAAGCAGAGUUAAGUUUCUUAACUAAAAACCACUCAGGUAAUUAUCUUUUCUUACUUAAAACAGUCAAUAUGUGUUAAUUCCAUCCAAUCCAGGAGCUCAUAAACUAUAAAGACAGUAGGUUGUUAUAUAUAUGUCUUUGUGUACACUGGUUAUAUAUUACAGGUGUUAGAUCAAGAGUUUUAUACAAGGUCUUGCUUUGGUUACAUUUCUUACUGUAUAAACUGUUAGUAUCUUUGUGAAAACAGUUGGAGAUUGAAGCUUAUAAGUAACCUGAUGCCAUGUAUCAGCAAGCACAAGUUAUUAGUAUCCUGUUAUAAGUUUUUGAUGCUAGAACAUGAUGUAUAGUUGAUAAUAACUAUUAUGUGCAGAUAUGUUCGCAAAAUACCAGGAACGAUUAGAGAACUAAAUAUGGUAGUUCAUUAGAAUGUACUAGAAUUAUGCCAUGUACUAGAGCAGACUGGUUUGCAUAUUAGAAUACUCAGGUGUGUUGAAUAAGUUUGUUAAAAUAAUCUCACUUGUAUAGACAUGUGUUGCACGAGACUAUCAA